GACAGGCUGUCGCAAGAGGUCACCUCCCGCCCCUCCGCGACCGCUGCUUCUCUGGGGGUGGGAGAGGCUCUGCCUCUUCCUCUGGAGAGAAGUGACUCCCCCGUUACGAUGUCGGCACCCAUAAGAAGUUAGGCACUGUUGGGUAAAUGGAGAACUGCGAUGCACAGUGGCCAGAGGGCCAGCGCCCCAUUGAGACACCGGGAGUUGGUGCUACCACCGGCUCUGUGGAAGAGUGCGCGGUUCUGUACUCUGAUACCGAGGACGAUCCGUCACUUCUGAUAGACAACGGAGGUGGGGCCCGGGCCCCUUUCCACUGCUCCGAGUGCGACAAGAGCUUCCGCUACCGCUCUGACCUGCGCCGCCAUUUUGCCCGGCAUACAGAACUGAAGCCUUUCCAGUGCCCUCAUUGCGUCAAGAGCUUCAAGCAUUCCUUCAACCUGGUGAACCACAUCCGGAGCCACACAGGGGAGCGCCCCUACCGCUGCACCAUGUGUCCAAAAGGCUUUCGGGACUCCACUGGCCUUCUCCACCAUCAAGUGGUACACACAGGGGAGAAGCCUUAUUGCUGCCAUGUCUGUGAACUCCGCUUCUCCUCCCGCAGCAGCCUGGGCCGUCACCUCAAGCGGCAGCACCGGGCUACUCCUGCUGCCACAGCCCCUCAACCGCCUACCCCUCGCUGCCUAGCCUGUGGCAAAGAACAGAGUCCCCUGGGACACCUCUGCAGUGCCGGGCGAGGUCGGGCUGCCCCCUUUGGUUGCGGGGCCUGUGGACGGCAUUUCCAGUUGGCAUCUGAACUGCGACGCCAUUGGCUGGCUCAUACAGACAUCAAACCUUUUAAAUGCCCCGAAUGUGAGCGAGACUUUAAUGCCGCAUCCUUGUUGGAGCGCCACAAGCUCACUCAUGCCAAGGACAGGCCCCCACCCUGCCAAGUCUGUGCUGGGAAGGUCCAACCAAGCGAAACGGUUCUGGAACUGGUAAGCCUGGGAGAGGAGCAGAAAGAGGGGGAGCCAGAGGAACAGGCCCUGCAGCACAGCAGAGGUUGUCCGAAUUGCCCCUCUCCAGACACGCGACCCCCGGAGACUUUGUACCAGUGUGAAUGUGGGACCUUUUUUGCCAAUGGCAACACCCUCGCAGCUCAUUUGACUGCCCAUGGGGGGGAGCCCUCCUUCACCUGUGGCAUAUGUGGCCAGCCCUUUGUGAAUUUACAAUCCUUAGAGGAGCACCAAUUGAGCCACGCUGUGUCGACACCGCCUACACCUGCCCCGGGCAGCGAACUGGAACGCCACCUCUUGCCCCAGCUGGAUCUUCGAACGUUCCCAGCACGGCCAGGCAAGAAACUCUACAAAUGCAGCGAGUGUGAAAAAUACUUCCGCAGCCCGCGGGACCUGGACCGGCACGUCUUGGUGCACACUGGGGAGAAGCCCUACCAGUGCACCGAGUGCGGCAAAUUCUUCCGACACGAAUGCUACCUGAAACGGCACCGGCUGCUGCACAGCGGUGAACGGCCUUUCAAGUGCACCGUUUGUCACAAAGGCUUCAUCACCCUGAGCAACCUCUCCCGGCAUCUCAAGCUGCACCGUGGUAUUGACUAGCAGGGGACCAGCAUCUCCUUAAAAUAGCCCUCCACCCCCUGCACUGUUACCUCGAUCCCAGUGGCAGCCAGAGGCAAUCCUGUUCCGGAGAUGCAACUCCUGCCCAUGUGCUCAAACCACACUCACCCACCUUUCUUCACAGUCCGUUAGCGUAGAGUAGGGGGGCUUGCAAUGUAAAAAUGACAGUAAUAUGAAAAGUAUUAUUUGCUAAUGUUCCAUUUUUGCAGCUGGUAAAAUAUCUUGCACAUGCUUGAGAACUGUUAAGUUUUAGAAGUGCUUGCUUGGAGAGGGAAUUGAGGAUUUUGGAUUCUUUCCUUUAAUAUUCCAGGCAGAAGUAGGAUAUGCUCGGGAUGAGGCAAGGCUGCUGCCUUCAGGAGUGCAGUCCAAGUGAGCCUGUCCCUGCCAAGGUUACAUUGUCCCAGACUGGUGUAAGUGCCCUAGCUCAACCAACCCCCUAGGAGGGUUUUCCAGUGGUAAUGGGAGACUGAGCUUUGACCAGGAGACCCAUUCCUAACCUGUCCCCAUCACUUCCUCACCACUGUCAGGCGGGAGGUGUCGUUUUUGUGUUUCUAGGCAACGCUGUUGGUCAGUGUAAAUGUAUUCUUUUGCAGGAACCCUACAUCUUGCGGUUGGACUGUCUGAUUCUGUUCCUUCCCCUUUUCCCUCCUUUGAAUCCUCUCUGCCUCUGGACAAGUAUAACCACAGUUAGGAUGGACUUCUGCCUUUCCCUCCCAACUUGAAAGGCAUAACUGCAUCACAAACAUCAGUCUGCCAGGAUUUCCACUCUCUCAAAGAAUCCUGGACACUGCAUUUCCUGGGGAAAGCAAGAACCCGAUUGAAAAUCCAUUUAAUUUUGUAGCGUAACUGUACCCCUUGUUACUUAGAGAGGCUUGAAAAGGUUUACAUUCAAUUUAGGGAACCCCUGCUUAACAGUUGUGAUAUUUCUGAUUGCAAACACUGUAAAAAGCAUCCCUUUAAAAAAAAAACACACACACAUACGUUUGGCAUAAAAAUGGCAAGAUUUAACAGCAAAAAUAGUUUUCUCCAGUGUUCCCAAUUUUUUUUUUUUAGCUUUAGGCCAGAGGCUGAAACUCUGUUUUCAAAGGUUCUUCUUUCCUUUUUCCCCCUGUUCUUUUCUUUGCAGUCAUGAGGACUAGACAUUUAAUUUUAAAACAAAGCAGCUAAAUUAUCUUUGCUCAUUACCAGGUAGAGCAAAAUAGUCUCUAAGGCAACCACACUGCCUUGUGGAGUGCAUCUGGUCAGGUCUGCUGCAGGGUCUCUGGGGUUCAAUGUGGCCUCGCCUGCUUGCCUAACUUUAUCUGUAGGUUUUUUUGACAAGGUUAACGCCAGCACUUUUGGUUAGAGUGGAAGGGAGGGGUUGCUUCUGAUUAGAGGUAAUUUUUUUUGCCUUCACUUUUUUUUUCUCCCCAAAAGAAGACAUGAUUUCUCUUCAUUUUAUUUGCAAAUCAGAAAUUCUUUCAUUUCUAACAAAUCUUUGCAUAUCUGAAAAUUGUUUGAAUGGUAGAAGGAUGCCUUUUCUUUCACGAGAAGGGUCAGCUCUUCAGGAAAAGCUCACAUUUUUCAAUAUAAGGGCAACCUCGAACAAACCAUUUUGGUGAAGGAAGAGCUGCAGUGUUGGUAAUGAGACUGGGGAGCUCAAUAAAUGCCGUCUUCACGCUUGGACAUUUGAGGUGGGAGACAAGCUAACUCUGGAGCAGAUCCAGGUUUGUACACCUGUGUUUUAAGGGAGUCUCCCAGAAUGCCGGGGGGGGGGGGGGUUUGAAGCCACAUGAACUUUAUCCACAGAAAAAUAAGCUGUCGAAGAACAAGCUGGAAAAGAAUAGCAUAUUGUACAUGCAGAGGGCUUGUCGAAUUGUCACUUCUGCACAUGAAAAAGGAAAACCAGCUUCCUAUUCCCCGUUACUGCUCUUGCUAUCCAGUUCACUUGUGUCCAUCUUUGAGGCUUCUGGGCUGGACGGAUGGAUCCCUCAAUGAAUUCAGGUUUCAGUACAGAGACAAAUCUCCCCCGCAAAUGGAAUUAUUUACUGACAAAUAGUUGUUUUGUUCUCUCUCUUUUGUUUGUUUCCUUAAGCCCUUGGUAGGACCUUGAGAAUAAUCUAAUAAAAGCCAGCUCCUGACCAAAUUCCAA